AUGGCACGCCAAUUUGUUGUUCUUGCUCUCGUCCUCUUCGCCCUUGUCGGCUAUGCCUCCGCAGCGUCCCCCGCCGAUUCCCCAAAGGGCUCUGCUAAUAACACCGACGUUGGAGAUCUCUUGGCUCCCGGCGCUGACAAAGAGAUAGGAAACACUGAUGGGGGUGACGCUACCGACGGCAGCAACGACGUGGUUGAAGGCCCAAUCAGUGGACCUGGCGUUCCUGGAGGUGAAUCUGUCCCCGCCGAAGCUCCUAAGAGCGGUGCCUCUGCCGUGGAAUUCUCUGCCAUGGUAGCGGUUGCCGGAUUUUUCUUCUCCCAAAUGUAG